AUGGAAGCAUUCAUUCAUCAAAUACGAGGCGUGUUUGUUCUGGAUCAAAACGGAAAACGAUUAUUAUCGAAAUACUACUCGAACGAUCUGAAGAGAUAUUUACUUUUUGUUGUUGGAGCUGGAUACGAAAAUGAAUUAGUAUUAUCGGAAGUGUUAUCGGGUCUUAUUGAUGGCUUGAUGAUGCUCUUUAGAAAUCAAUUGACAAAGAGAACUUUCCUUGAAAAUUUUGAUUUGAUAGUUUUGGCUUUGGAUGAAGUUUUGGAAGAUGGUAUCAUCAUUGAAACAGACUCAUCGGCAAUUGCUCAAAAGGUUGCUGCUGUUGAAACAGGAGCUGAUGCUUCAAGUGGUGUGGAAGGAAGUGAGACCAUCACGCAAGUCUUUAAAUCAGCAAGAGAGCAACUCGGAGAGUUGGCUAGUUCAUUCUUCCAAUUUUAA